AUGCAAAAAAUUCGUAACACUUUAAAGGGAAGAAGUCGCUUUUUUAUAUGCGAUUUAAAAUAUUAUAGCAGUAAAAAAAAAGUAGAAGAAAAAAAGGAAAGAAAAUAUAACUUAUGGAGAUGGGGUUGUUCAGGUGAUAGUAUAUUUUCCUCCAUAAAAGUUGGGGAAAAAAGUCAGUUACCUGAGAAGGUACCAAAUUUUGAAAAUGUAAAGAUUGAAAAAUUGUCAGCUGGUUGCAACCAUGCAGCUUUUAUAGUAGAAGGGAAAAUUUUCACAUACGGUUUAAACGACAAAGGUCAAUUAGGCAGAAAUUUAGAUGAAAAUGAAAAAAGUAAUAAUUAUUCGUUAAUACCGAAAGAAGUAAAUAAUGUAAAUAAUAUAAAAUUUACAGAUGUUUGUUGUGGUUAUAGGCACACCUUAGCUGUAGAUGAGAAUAAUGAUUUGUACAGCUGGGGAUGGGGAGGAAACUUUUUUAGAGGUGCAAACGGGUUAGGACAUGGUAGUAAACAAAAUGUAAAUAUCCCUAAAAGAAUUGAAUCAUUUAAAAAUGAAGAUUCAGAAUUUACAAAUAUAUGUUGUGGUGAACAACAUAGUUUAGUAUUAACAAAAAAUGGAAAAGUGUAUGGAUGUGGACGAGGUGAAUUUGGACGGCUAGGCAAAGGAAAUCAUGGAGAUCAAUUAUUUUUUGAAGAAAUCGAUUAUUUUAUAAGUAACAAUAUAAUUAUCAAACAUAUCUGUUGUGGUCAUAGUUUUUCUGCUGCCUUAUCGACUAAUGGUGAGGUUUAUGUUUGGGGAAGAAAUGACUAUGGACAAUUAGGUAUUGAAAAUAGUAUAGGUGAUUUAUAUUCUCACGAAGUAUAUCCAAAUAAAGUAAAAUAUUUCGAAAUGGAAAAUAUUAAAAUAAAAUUUAUUGCUUGUGGAGAUAAUCAUAUGAUUGCUUGUUCAGAAAAUAAUAUUAUCUAUUUCUGGGGAUCAAGGGCAUGGUUAGAACCAAAGGCCAUAACUUUAAACCCACAAUAUGAAAAUAGUAUAAUUAAAAAAGAUAUUGAGAAAAUUCAAGCAGGUGGAAGUACUUACUACUAUUCUAUGUUACUCUCAGAUAAUAAAUUGUAUUCCUGGGGUAAAUAUAACUCAUCCUGUUUAGCAUUAAAUGAUAAAAAAAAUCAUAACGAACCAACUUUAGUGGAUUCCAAACUAUUUAAUAACGAAAUUGUUUGUGAUAUUUCUUGUGGCAGGGGACGAGUGCUCGCUAAAACGUUAGCGAACGUUUAA